GCAGGACUCUCCAGUUGUCAUUUUUUUUUGGCAUUCAUUAAAAAAAUUUUGGAUCAGACUUUUUGUCGUAGUGAUUUUUUGUUAAGAAAUAAUUACCAAAAAAUAACUUAACAAAAUGAAACUCCCCUUUGGAAAGAAACACGCUGAAAUUGCCACCUCAUUUGUUUCCUCAGCCGUUGGAUUUGGUGGUGCUGCCGGUUUGAGCCUCUUGUACUUCACCGACUGGAAGUUGGUAUUGCAAUACGUACCCUUCUAUGGUUCUAAAUUCGAAAAAUCUGAAUAAAUAAUGUUCAUUUUUAAUUAGACUUCUUAUCAUUAAGUUAAAUUUUAGUUAAUCACAAUAAAUGUAUAAGAUUUAACUUAAAAAAAA